CUGCACAAUGGUCCUCAAUCCAAGGGCCUUCAAAGUCCUAAGCUUCGACAUCUACGGCACCCUCAUCGACUGGGAAACCGGCAUCUUCGAAGCUCUCCUCCCACUCGCAUCAAAACUCCCUUCUUCCAACCCACGCCAUCCAUCCAACAUCUCGGAGCGAGAAAACCGCAUCUUCCUACUCACAGAAUACACCAACCUCGAGAAAGCAAUCCAGAUCGAGCACCCCACUCUUGCCUAUCCCAAAGUCCUCGCCGAGAUUUACCGCCGUCUCGCCACGCAGCUCUCAGUCCCACUCUCCGAAGACGAAGCUACAGAAUUCGGCUCAACGAUUGGGAAAUGGCCUGCAUUUCCAGAUACGGUUGCUGCUAUGCAAGAACUGGGUAAACAUUACAAGCUCAUCGUCCUCUCGAACGUGUCUCGGUCGUCAUUCAAUGAGACACUUUCUGGUCCUCUUUCUGGUGUGAAGUUUGAUGCUAUUUACACAGCUGAGGACAUCGGGUCGUAUAAGCCUGAUUUGAAGAACUUUGAGUACCUGAUCAAGCAUGCCGGAGAGGAAUUUGGAGCUAGGAAGGAGGAGAUUUUGAAGGUUGCUCAGAGUCUUUAUCAUGAUCAUGUUCCGGUGAAGAAGGUUGGGCUACAGCCUAGUGUGUGGAUCAAAAGGGCUGGAGAUGAAACGCUGAUGGGUGGGAAGUUGAAAGAUUUCGAAGGGAUGGUUGAUUUGGCGGAGACGUUUGAUACUUUGGGUGAUUUGGCGGUGGUGGUAAAGAAGGCUUUCGGUGAGGCGUGAACUGCGAAUUUGAGCAAACCAGCUCUUUGUUCAAACAUCGAUGAGAACACAAAAAGGUCUGUCGCACAUCACAAUUCUACAUUUUAUGCCUACAGCUCAAGGCUUUGGUUAUAGUUCUCUUUAAGGCUAAGAGCAAAGUAUAGUUAUUACUAGCCAUUGCUCUUUACAUAAAAUUUGAGAAGAAUGUUUCGAGACUGGGACUUGCAGUAAAACAUAUUUCACACCCUCAUUUCAUCAUCUUCAC